AUGAGUGAAAACACUACUCAACCUCAACCGAAGAACUGUAGUCGACAAAAGAUCAUGGAAAUGGAGACUGAAGUACAGUUUUCAUGGAUACCAGAAACUCCGGUAAAAUCUUCUCCCAAUAGACAAAAACUAUCAAAUAGGGACGAUAAUUCUUCUUCUGCAAUUAAAUUGGAUUUUGAUAUACUAAACCUCGGAGAUGAGGAUGAUGCAUCUGCCGCUGCUGCAAACAAUCAAGUCCCAAAUGCACCUUCUCAAUGUGCUGAUGGCAAUACCAGCCAUGAUGAAUUGAAAACUCUAAAUCCACCAUCUUCAAAGAAAAGAAGCGGGGACAACAAGAAGAAAGGGUCAAAUAAUAAUGGGCAGCACACAAAACUUAGAAAAAAAAUAUAUAGACCAAGAAUAUUGGUUGAUGAAAGCCUAGAUACCAAGAAAGUAGGAAAAAAAUCUCAACCCAAAGCCCCAAAAACUCCCAAGAAGAAAAAGACUCCAAGUAGGACCCCAAAACCUUCAAUUCCCAGUAAGAAGAAAAACCAACCAAGAAGAGCUCCUUCAUGCAAGUUAUUACUAUUGCCAUUACUUAACGAUGAAGGAGGAGCCUCUCUUCCAUUCUUGGGGAAUAAUGUCAAUAAGUUUGAUCAAGAAUAUUUUGACUUUGAGAGUUCAAUUUGCAAGAAUGCAUUAGGUUCUCAAUACAACUUACUUGAGACUUACCAAAAAUUGGCAUCAUUUUCAAGUUCUUGUUUGAUGCAUAGUAGGCAAGUUGGAGCAAAUUUUCCAAGCAUGUGCAGGAGAAAAAGAAUGAAAAGGAUCAGAGCAAGGUUAGAGAAAUACUUGACCCCUUUCAAAAAGGGAUUAAGGUCAAAGAUUUUCAUUAGAAAGAAAAAAAGUUCCCUAGAAAAGUUUACCAUAGAAGGAUUGACUACUACCAAAAAAGAAAUGAAAUCUCUGAUCAGGAGGAUACGAUCACUGAAGAGGAUGAAAAAAAGUAGAACGAACGGAAAAAAUGGUCAACUAGUUGAAUAUCAAGAAGGAUUGGGUGGUGAUCGAAUGUUAGUACCUUAUAAGGGACAUGAUCCUAAUAAUAAGAAGCUAAGAGUUGAGGUUGCACUUGAUGAAGAGACGUUGAGGGUGUGGAACUUAAUCAUGGAUGGAAAAACACACGAAGACAGUGAUGACUUGAAGCAACAGCAAUGGGAACGUGAAAGAUUUGCUUAUAAAUGUAAGGUUGGAGUAUUCAUGGUUAAAAUGCAUGAGUUGCAAGGAAGUAGGGAGUUCUCACCAUGGAAAGGUUCUGUCUUAGAUUCUGUAAUUGGAGCUUACCUUACUCAAAAUGUAUCUGAUCAUUUGUCAAGUUCUGCCUACAUGUCACUUGCUGCAAGAUUUCCCAUCAAAUCAUCAACCAGCUCUAACUUAUGUAUAGAGGAUGUACCUCGUGUUGAAAGAAUACAAUUCAUUGAAAGUAAUGCGAUUUUUCCAGGAGAUGAACUUACCAAAGAAUUAGAAAAAAUCAAAGUUGAAGAAAUGGAAGCUAGUAAUAUAAAGGAAGAGCCUUUUAAAUCCAAUAAUAAGCAAGAAAAAAAAAUGAACAUGCAGGAAGAAGAAACAAGAGGAAAGUUACUAAAAGAGGUGGAUAAAGAAACUAGAGAACGUUGGGAUAAACUUAGAAAAGAGUACGGUAAGAGUACAAGACACAGUGACCAUGAUGACUCUGUUGAUUGGGAAGCAGUGAGAUGUGCAGAUGUGAAGGAAAUUGCUACGGCUAUUGCAGGUCGUGGUCAACACAAUGUUAUUGCUGAAAGAAUAAAGAGUUUACUUAAUGAAUUACAUGACUCGUAUGGAGAUUUGGAUUUAGAAUGGCUGCGAUAUGCUCCGCCAACGGAAGCAAAGAGAUGCCUUUUGGACAUUUAUGGAUUAGGACUGAAAAGUGUAGAGUGCAUUCGACUUUUAACCCUUCAGAACAAAGCUUUUCCUGUGGACGUAAAUGUUGGAAGAAUUGCUGUACGCCUAGGAUGGGUUCCUCUCCAACCCUUGCCUGAAGAAACACAAAUACAUAAUUUAGAGAAGUACCCAUUGUUUGAUAAUAUUCAAAAAUAUCUUUGGCCACGGUUGUGUCAUCUCCUUCCAAAGGACUUGUACCAGUUGCAUUAUCACCUAAUAACUUUUGGAAAGGUUUUUUGCACAAAGAAAAAUCCAAAUUGCAAUGCUUGUCCAAUGAGUACAAAUUGUGAGCAUUUCAAGAGUGCCUUUGCAAGUGCACAAUCCUUACCUGGAACAACAUCGAGGCAACCAAAUAAGAACAAGAUAGUGACAGACAACCUUUUACCAAUGCCUAUUUUUGAGGUGAAUCAAUCUUCGACCACAACAAAAUACCAAGCAUACAGAGAGUGUGAGCCCAUCAUUGAAAUGCCAUCAUCACCAGAAGCAGAAUCUGAGAGGAUAUAUAUGCUUGAAUUUGAAGCAAACAAUGAGGAAGAGGAUUAUCAUGUUUCUGAUGAAGCAAACAACGAGGAAGAGAAUUAUCCUAGUCCUGAUGAUGAAAAGAUUCUGGAAAUGAAUCUCAGCAGUCAAACUAAGGAAACUCAUAAUCAUUCUGCACAGGAGGAUAAGAAUCAUAUGAAUAUAACAGCGUCAUUAGUAACAUUGCCUUAUACUGGAAGCAUGCCUGCACCAAAAAUGAAAAAUGCCAGUCGAUUAAGAACCGAGCGCCUUGUUUAUGUACUUAAUGAUGGGCACCCCCUUCUUACAGAGCGUACUCCACUAGAACCUGGUGAUCCUAGUCCUUAUAGUCUAGUUAUAUGGAGUGCAGACGAAUUAGAAAAAUCAAACGAAUCAAUUAUGAAUAACUUGCAAGAAAAUGAUUCUCUAACAGUACCUGGAACUCUCUUGAUACCAUGUCGCACUGCAAUGAGAGGCCGUUUUCCAUUGAACGGAACCUACUUUCAAGUCAAUGAGGUCUUUGCUGAUUAUGAUUCAAUGAAAAAUCCAAUUGAUGUUCCCAGAACUUGGUUAUGGCAUCUAGAGAAAAGAAUAGCAUAUUUUGGGGCUGGAGCAUCGUCUAUUUUGAAAGGUUUGUCAGCUGAUGAGAUUAAAGAUUGUUUCUGGAAAGGUUAUGUGUGUGUGAGAGCAAUUGAUGCAAAGACAGGAGCGCCAAGGCCAUUAUCAUAUAGAUUUCACCGCAAUACAACUGUCAAAGCUAAAACCGGUAACAAGACAACUCAGGAGAAAGAAGUUAAAAUUGACAAGACAACCCAGGAAAAAGAAGCAUAA